ACAAUUGCAAAUAUAUAAUUAUAUAUUAACUGCUUUCCUAAAUCAUUUUCUAACCUUGAGCAUUUUUUGCAAUAUCAACAACAAUGGUGAUCUCUGAGAACUCUCGUCAAUCCUCUAUGAUCCCCUCCUUCCUAUACUCCUCUUUGUCGUCCUCCUCCUCGUCUAUGAGUUCUCUUCAAUUUGAUCAUGCCACAUACGAUUCCUCGAAGUCUAACAACUUUCUUCUCCCUUCAUCAUCAACAAAUGGAGUAGCGUCAAAGAAUAACAUCAUGGUUGCUUCUCCUAGUGAGAAGAUAAAGAUGUAUUCGCCCGCGUUCUAUGCAGCUUGUACUGCUGGUGGAAUGCUUAGCUGCGGUCUUACUCAUACUGCUGUUACUCCUCUUGAUCUUGUCAAGUGUAAUAUGCAGAUUGAUCCAUCAAAGUAUAAAAACAUAAGCUCUGGGUUCGGAAUUUUGAUGAGAGAGCAAGGGAUUAAGGGGUUGUUCAAGGGUUGGGCACCAACUUUUCUUGGUUACAGUGCUCAAGGAGCUUUCAAAAUGGGGGGUUAUGAGUUCUUCAAGAAGUAUUAUUCAGAUAUCGCGGGUCCUGAGAACGCAGCCAAAUACAAAACUCUGAUAUACUUGGCUGGCUCUGCAUCCGCAGAGGUGAUUGCUGAUGUUGCUCUUUGCCCUUUCGAGGCUGUGAAAGUUCGUGUGCAGACUCAACCUGGCUUUGCUCGAGGCCUGUCUGACGGUCUUCCUAAGUUUAUCAAGUCUGAAGGUGUUAUGGGAUUGUACAAAGGACAAGUUCCUCUUUGGGGCCGUCAGAUUCCAUAUACAAUGAUGAAGUUUGCAUCAUUUGAGACCAUUGUGGAGCUAAUGUACAAGCAUGCCAUUCCGACACCUAAAGACGAGUGUAGCAAGACAAUGCAGCUUGGUGUUAGCUUUGCUGGUGGAUAUAUUGCUGGAAUAUUUUGUGCUGUUGUAUCACAUCCUGCAGACAACUUAGUUUCCUUCCUAAACAAUGCCAAGGGUGCAUCUGUUGCUGAUGCUGUGAAGAAGUUAGGACUAGUGGGUUUAUUUACGCGUGGCCUUCCCCUUCGUAUAGUCAUGAUUGGAACCCUGACUGGUGCUCAAUGGGGUAUCUAUGAUGCUUUUAAAGUGUCUGUUGGCUUGCCAACUACUGGUGGAGGUUCUGCUUCCGAAGCUAAAGAGUGAAGUUAGUUGUCAUCAACAGUGGACAAUUGUGGAAACUAAAAUUCUUCUCAUAAUUGUACAUUGAUGCCUAUUUUGACAGAUUGCAUACAACAUUCUUACAUGAAUUCGUUUAUCUUUGUGAAUGGGUUUUAAGAACUCGUUUAUAGAUAUCAAAAACAAAUAAAGUGAAGUAGCUAGUGAUGAUCAAUUGUAUAAUUUUUGGUUCUAUGAUGAAUUUUGUAUGUGCUUAAUACGUGUACAAAAUUACCAUAUAGUUAUACAAGAUAACUUUUGUUUCUA